UGAGAAUGGUGUGCAGGUGGAGUCGCCGGACCUCGGUCCGCACCCAAACAGAUUGGAUGUGAUCCUCACUUAAGAACCUCCAGUUGCCAAGAUGAAUAGAACAAUCUUGUUUUGGAUUUUCCUAUUGUGGAUCACUGCCAUUGGAGUGUUUCAUUCGUCUUCAUGGAUUUCAUCUGUGUACCACGAGUCCUUUUCCCCUCGAGAGAACCAAAGUCUUUGUGCAUGUCGCAAAUGUAUGAUGGAGUAUGAGCCAUGGUUUACUGAGUUGAUGAAAGCCUCUCCAGAUCCCAUUCUGACACCAGAAAACAAGAUCUCAGCGGAUGACUUUAAAUGGUAUCAGAGAAUACAGACAGACAGACGCGGCUUCGGUGUCUACAAUAAAACAGUGAAUAAAGUAUUUAAAAUCUUCCCACGCAGAAAUGAUUCACCUAAGCCCAGCCCUAAUCGCUGCAGGACUUGUGCUGUGGUGGGAAAUUCUGGUAAUUUGAAGAGAUCACACUAUGGACCUCUAAUAGAUUUUCAUGAUAUCGUCAUAAGAAUCAACGAAGGCCCGACCAUAGGCUAUGAGAGAGAUGUAGGAAACAAAACCACACAUCGGGUGAUGUUUCCAGUGAGUGCUACUAAUCUGGACAACAGCACUCAUUUUGUGAUGUUCCCAUUCAAGAUAAGGGAUUUAGAGUGGCUCAUCAAGACUUUCAGUCCAAGUGAAAAUGCUACCUCAGGGUUAAAAGCUAACAAGGAUUUGGUGAUGAUCCUCAGUCCAGCUUUCAUGAAUUACGUUCAUUUGAAGUGGCUCGGGAGGAAGGGCCAAUAUCCAUCCACUGGCUUUUUGACUUUGAUUUUCAGCAUCUACAUGUGCGAUGAGGUCAGUGUGUUCGGCUUUGGAGCAGACAGUAAAGGAAUGUGGAACCAUUACUUUGGAGAAGUACUUAAUUUGCAUCCAUGGACAAAAACUGGCAAUCAUCCUGGAUCUGUUGAGGCUGCAAAGAUUGAUGAACUAUUUAAGCGAAAGAAAAUAAAUGUAUACAGAGGAUGGUAAUCUUAGUCUGCCACGAACAUUACCUACGACUUUAUUUAUUCAUCAUGUUCAUUUUACAAGAAAAAUGGGAGUUUGGUGUGGUAGUAUGAAAAUAAAUAAAGUUCAGUCAGACAACUCA